UGUCGUCAUCACUGAGCGACACCACCUUCCUUCACCAAGUGAACAUGGCGGAUGUGAUGAACGUCGGGGUGAAUCUGGAGGCUUUCUCUCAGGCCAUCAACGCCAUCCAGGCACUGAGAUCCAGCGUUACAAGGGUCUUCGAUUCGUUGAAGGAUGGAAUGAAAAAUAAGGAGACAUUGGAAGGCACAGAAAAAGCUUUUAUUACCGAAUUCCAGGACAAUCUGCAGUCAGUGAACCGAGACCUCAAUGAGUUGGAGAGAUUAAGUGGUCUCGUUGGACGUCCGUCAGAGUCCCAUCCCCUCCACAACAGUGGGCUGCUGAGUUUGGAUCCAGUCCAGGACAAGACGCCGCUCUAUUCCCAGCUGCUCCAGGCCUACAAAUGGUCCAACAAGCUUCAGUAUCAUGCGGGCCUGGCAUCCAAUUUGUUGAAUCAGCAGUCACUCAAGAGAUCGGCCAAUCAAAUGGGGGCAUCAGCUAAGAGGCGGCCUAAGGUUCAGCCCAGCACGCUGGUACCGCAUCCCCAGUAUGUGGAUGACGUGAUCACCCGGAUAGGCAGGAUGUUUCCAGACAUGAGCAUAGAACUGUUCAGACCUAACGGGACCUCGGCUGUUCUUCUGGUGAGCUUGGGGAAGGUCCUGAAGGCCAUCGUCGUCAUGAGAUCUCUGUUCAUCGAUAGAACCAUCGUCAGAGGGUUCAAUGAGAACAUAUACUCAGAAGACGGAAAGCUGGACAUCUGGGGUAAAUCCCAGUACCAAGUCUUCCAAAAGGUACAGAAGCAUCCUAUUGGUGACAUCGGGGAAAAAAAAGUGACGGACCACGCCACUACGGCCCUCCUCCACUAUCAGCUGCCCCAGAUGCCUGAUGUGGUGGUUCGCUCCUUCAUGACGUGGCUGCGGAGCUACAUCAAGCUCUUCCAGUCCCCAUGUCAGCGCUGUGGCCGUUUUCUGCAGGACGGACUGCCUCCAACAUGGAGAGACUUUAGAACCCUGGAGGCAUUUCAUGAUACGUGCCGCAUGUAGACAGUGGACAUGCGGCACGUAUACGACCAGACAGCGACACAAACAGAGAGACGGAUAGUGUGACCGACACGGACAUCUAUGUAUAUAUAUUUUUUUACUGUUGGAGACCUUUUUUUUCCUUUUCUUUUCUUCUUUUUUUUUAUAAAGCUACACUUCCCAAAUACCUUAAGUCUUCUUUGAACAUCUACAAAUAUUGUCCUGUGAUGUAAGCUCUAAUAAGCACAGAGUCCUGGCUACUAAACUUCCAUAUUAAGCAGCUGACUAUUGUCUAUAAUUUAGAUGUAACAGCCUAUGGAAGUGUAAUGAAAUCACUUGCGCUUUCAGCUUGUUUUAAUGAAUUAACGAUAUAAUUACAAAAACUCAAGAUUUCUGAGGUUUUUAUGGAACUAAAUAAAACUGCUCAGUUCUUCUGAAUUAACGAGAUAACUCAAAAUCACCUUUAAGAACUCUAUUUCAUAGAAGCACAGAUGUCCUGCCUGUUUAAAGUUUAAUCUAUCUUUAUUUUGGUUUAUGUUUAAGACAUUGGGAAACCAAUCACCUACUUGAAAAUACAUUUGGAGGCUCAGGCAGAUUAGCAGCAGCUACCACACUCCAUGCAAGUGAUACAAUUUUCUCUUGGGAUUUUGGACAGUGGAAUUUAUUUUCUCAAGUGAAUGCAUUAUGCAUCCCUUACAACCUACUCUUUUCUAACAUGAAAAAGUCUCGCUUGACGGGUGACAUAAUCUUUGAUGGGGUGACUGAGAGAAGCCAUGACGACGGCAGCUCUUUUCUGUUACGAGGUUGUCGUUGGAAGCGGCAGUAGCCUACAUAGUGUCGGAUCGCUUGAGCAAAAGAUGCCGGGCGUUGUGCUUUAUGCGGGCAUUGGAAACAACUGAAGAAAGGCGCAGGCGCUGAGAAAAAUACGUGGACAUGUCCAUAAUGUGUGGUCACUUGGGGUAUUUUUAUAAUCCACUAUAGUUUAUCAAUUCAAGAAAUUAACUAAAUUAUCAGGUUAUUGGCACCAGAAAGCGGGGAUCAUAAGUUGGAUAUUUUUGAAAAGACCUAACCUGCACGUCAAUCAAACCAAACAUUGAUAAUUAAUAAUUUAGCAAUUAAGUGUUUGUCUUGGUUGGUUCAAACUUUAAAUGAUGGUGGGGGCGGGGAUUUGUUCACUUGUAGGAAACACAGAAUCGGCCAGCUACAGUAGUAAACUAUAAGUAUGUGAAGGUUUUGAGUCAACCCAGUGUAUAGUGGCCACUGUAGAAAUACAUUUAUUAAAAUCUAGCUCCACC